AUGAUAAAUCUAGAAGCGGUUGGGAGGUACACCGCCAGCACCGCUCUCCUCCGCUACAGAGGCAGCAAACCUCUCGAUUUUCAUCUCAUCACCGACGAGGCCACCGGAAAGAAGAAGCUGAAGGAGUGGACGCCUGGUUUAGCAGCCGGGGUAACAACCGCCGCCAUUCGCACGGCGCUCAGCCACGUCACUAACCUGAUCAACGGUGUCACGAAGGGUUACCGUUACAAGAUGCAUUUCGUCGUCCUCUCGCAGCGGGUGCCGACGGUCCUGCCGUACGUGGAGGAGAAGUGUCACAUCCGCCAGCACCUGAUGCACCUCAUCGAGACCUACCCCUCCCUGCAGCCCAAGACCGCCGUCUUCACCCACAACGACGGUCGCACGGUCAACCUCCUCCAGGCCACUGCACCGUCCCAAUGGUCAGCGGCUAGAUGUGGAUCUUUUAUGACCAUGAUGGUCCCGGGCGGCUCUUGGAAGGUGUUGCAGCGUCAGAGGCUCGUUUCACUGCCGACAUCGCAACUCUUUGAGCAAGGGGACAUAUAUGAUGGCAAUUGA